GUAAGGCUUCUUCACUGACUUGCCGGCCUAUCGCCAUUUUCGAAACAAAGAAGACAAUUUUCUUUCUUGGAAGUUUAAUCCUCCAGAUUAUCCAUUGCUGUACUCUCAAAGCUCCAAAUUCUUUUUUUCAUUCUCGGUUUCUUUUGAUCAAUGCCCAUCACCUUGUCUUUGACGGAAAAUCGAAGCCUUUUUCUGGGCUUCUCCGAUGUGUAUUGCUCAGUACUUCGAUUUUCGGCAUGAAAUGGUAAAUUAGGGUUUUUGGCCAUUGCCUUCAAACGGGAUCGAAUUAACCGAGACCCGUUUGCAACAGUCUCGGGUUUCUGAGGUUGAGAAUUAAACCUCGCUCUUGAAUUGGAUUUUUCGCCUUCGGGACUGUUCUGUGAUAUUAAACCUAUGUGUGUAGCUUUUAUGCUUAGUUCUAGCUUCGUUCUUCGGGUUGGUACUGAAAAAUCGAAAGCCUGAGUCUUUGUUUCUAAAGCUUGGAGUGAGUUCGUUCGAUUUUUGAUUUGAUGGAAAUAUUUUCGAUGAGGUCUAAUGUCUGUGGAGUUGGAUUGGAGAGAAACCAAGUGCUCUCAUGAUUGUUGAGGACAAAGAGAGAAGAAAAUGGAUCUAUGGUUAAUCGCAGCCACUGCUGCUACAGGAUACAUAACCAAGCAUCUGCAAAAUGUAUCAAGAGGCAAAAGAAACUUCCCCGAGUCUUCUUCUGAAGAUUUGACUAACGUGAAGCCAGAGUCUCCCAGAUGCUCGGCUAGUAAAUUGGAAAGAGCCAAGAAACGAAACGAAGAAAACAUUGGGGAUUGCCUAAAUGUGGGAAAUUUAUAUGUAUCCGAAUGUGGAAAUGUAUAUGGAGUGGAAGCAGCUUCGGGUAAUGAGGAAAUUUGUUCAGAUUCUUUUGGGAACAGAGCAUUUCUUAGGAGAAAGCAGCGGUAUACAAGUCUGAUCAAACCUUUUUCUAUGGAGAAGAACAGUGUAAUGUCUCGGUCACAUAGAGAGAAAAUCUUCAUGGAGAUGCGUAGCCCGUUUCCAUCACCUUGUGGUUCACUUUCGAGGCCAUUGGUUGUUACUGAUGGUACAAAAGUAAUUAGCAAGAACUCAGGAGAUUGUAUUUGCCAGCGAGUCCCGAAUUGUGGAAUUCCUCAGCUAAGGAAGUUGGAAUCUUCGGGUCUUUAUGCUAAGAGGAGAGUUGGGAAUGCGAGUAGAAGAUCUGAUAGUGGGAUUGGAUCAAAUGAUGCAGCAUUGCUGCUAUGCGUUGGGAUUUCGAUUGGGAUAAUGUCAUCGUUUGUAGCAAACCAAACGGAAGUAAACAACGCCAAAGCAGAGUUAAAGCAGACAGAGAAUUUGGUAAAGGGUUUAGAAGAUGAGCUGAAGGCGAAUGACUCAUUGACAGUGAAAGUUGAUUUACACAAUGGUGAGAAACAGUGUGAUGAAAAGGCAGCAGAGAAAUCGGAAUCUAUUAGUAAAAUUGAAGCAGAGCUUGAAGCUGAACUUGAAAGGCUGGAGAUGAACAUGAAGUCCUCCAACAUUGAGACAAGACUCUCAGAUGUCUUUGAGCUGGAACCGGAUUUUGAAGUAGAAUUUGCGCAGGGCGAGCUGAGAGAUGAUCGGGUUGAAAGGCAGCAUAAUGACACCGAAUCCAACCAGGAACUUAGUGGAAAUGCGACACCUGAGUCAGGAAACUAUACAGUCUCACCUCGUGAGUUAAGCUUGCGUCUGCACGGAGUUAUCAACUCACGUUACGAGAAACGGAUAAAAGAACUUGAGGUCGCCUUACAAGAGAGCCAGAGGAAAUUGGAGCAGUUAGUCAUGGAAUCAGAGGAUAAUAAGAAACCAUCGUCAAGGAUUUGGAAAAGCCAUGAAGUGAUGAAUCACAAGAGAGACUCAAACCGUCCAGUUACUGUAGCUCAUAUAGCGAAGAAGCAUCAUCCUGCAGAGAUCCAACCUCUGGUUAUGAAUUUAGCAGGGGAAGCACUUGAUGCAUUCAAUGACUCAUACGAGGAACUGAUGGAUAUAAACGAUUAUUCGGAAGAAGACGAUUUACCAUAUGAGAUGCAGGAGACUGAGCGGCAAGAAGAGUUGUCUUUCACAAGCAAAAGCUCACCUUGGAGCCAUAAAGAUUACAUAAAGGGUUCCUCAAGAACUUCAGAGGACGUGAAUUUCUUCAGGCUGCAAGAUCUUCUUGGUCUGAGCGACGACGAAGAAGAAGAAGAUAGAGAGUUUGAGUUUGAGAUGGAGCAGCAACUGAUAAAGCAAAUUGUUGAGAAAACAAAACAAGGGUCUUCUGCUGUGUUUAAUGCCCAGAAGAUGCUAUAUCUCAUGGAAGAAAUAGAAAAGAAUCCAUAAAAAAAAGCAUCAGCUCAAGUUCUCAUUGUUUCUGAGACUUGUUUUGUCAGCUCCAAACAAGCUGAACACAAAAGAAAAACUGUUUUGUCAAACUCAAUGUAUAUACCUCAAUUUG